UUCGCAAGCUUGUCACUCCGUGUCUCCUGGUCGUUCUUGCUGGCGAGAGCGACAAGUGGUGCUGAGACCCGGGAACCUCAAAAUUCGGUAUAGGAGACAGGGGAUUGACAAUGAGAAGAUACGGAUGGCCUGUCCGCCGCAGAAAGGCACUGGGGCCAGCAUAAGCAGUCACAGAUGAUGGUUAAAUGGAAAGAUAUCCUUACCAGGAUAUGGAAAGGCCCGGACCCGGUGCUCCGGUGGCACCGAGGAUUUCUGUGUUUUCCCACAGGAUGCUGCAACCCAGUGUGGGUUCCUGAGAGGCUCACUAGGAUGGUGGCAAUGGAGCCUGUGGAUGACGAUGGUGAUGAUCCUGAGCCAAGACAGCAUGAUAGAGGCGAGCCAACGACAGAUGUGGGCACUGGUGAAGGCCUGGCCUGUCCCGAUGCCACUGACAAAUGAGUCGGAGAUCCUCCCUCCUAUCUUCGCCACCAAUGCUACUACCGGCGUGCCUUGGGUGACAGGUGCUGGUUGUCUGAAUGUUGGAACAGCUCGACAGGGGACUCUGCUUUGAUAACAAGAAUACCAACAUACAUUCCUAUGCCGGUGUUGGUUAACACAGGCGAGCUGCCUGUGUUGCUGCGGCCUAGAAGGGACUUUGGAAUUACAGCUGCAAUCGUGGCCGCAAUAGCAGCUUCGGCAGCUGCAGCCACGGCAGCAGCUAUAGCCCUGACUACAUCUGUACAGACUGCCGCAGCACUCAACAAUGUGACAGGACAACUAGCAGAGGCAUUGGCAACCCAGGAACAGAUCAAUGGACACUUACAUGCAGGGAUCCUAAUUGUAAAUCAGAGAGUGGACUUGCUACAAGAACAAAUGGACAUUUUAGAGGGACUUCUGGUGGUGGGAUGUAUAAGCAAUAUGAAGGGAAUCUGUGUUACGCCAGUAGAGUAUCCUAACUUCACCAGAGCUGCCAAUAUCUCCAAAGAGUUAGGAAAAAUGCUCAAUGGGCCUUGGUCCGCCAAAUUUCAUAACCUUACGCGGCUGCUUAGAUCCCAAAUUGUAAGCCUAAAUGCCACCAAAGUGUCCCUGGCUUCUGUGGGAGACUGGGUAAAAUUUUUCCAAAGCUCAUUGUCCUUCUUGAAGGAAUGGGCAGGCAUAGGGGUAUUUUGUGCCCUUAUGGUGGGAGCGUCUAUAUUUAUGCUAAGAUACCUCUGCCGUCUAGGCCACCAACAACGACAUCAAUGAGAAAUGAUUGUACAAGCUAUGAUGGCCCUCGAGGCUGGUACCUCCCCCCAAAUAUGGCUCAGCAUGCUGGACCGGUAGUCAAAGACGGGUAAGACUGGUCCCACAU